CUUUGUCUUUCUAGUGGGAAAACUCCUCGGCGAUCAAAGUGCAGGUUCCCCUCCUGCCUUGUGCUGCCCCUCCUCUUUUUGCAGCCCUUGCGAUGGCAGCUGGAGUUCCCAUUGCUGCCGCUGCCGCCUUCUCCACCUUGUGCUUCGGAGGCCCCCCCCGACGGGUCCGUCUACUUCCUUUUGCCUCUUGCCAUCCCUGCUGAAAAAUCCCAGGUGCUACUGCCAGAAAGCAAGAAUAGAUUGAGAAAAUCAGAAAGAAAUGGUGUGGAGCCACAUGGUAUGUCUGCAAAUAGCCCCAACAGGAGUGGAAAUCAGGGGAUCCUACGUGGUGACUCAGCAAAAGACCAGGUGGUCCUCUAUGAAAGGGAGUUUAAGGACCUCACAGAGUCUCUGCAUGGCAAGACUAAAUCCUACAAAUGUUCUGAUUGUGGGAAAAACUACCACCGAAGCACAGAUCUCUUAAGGCAUCAGAGGACCCACACUGGAGAAAGGCCUUACUUGUGUCUGGACUGUGGAAAGAGCUUCAGCCGGAGUUCAAUCCUUCUUGAACACCAAAGAGUCCACACUGGUGAAAAACCGUACAAAUGUAGCCAUUGCGGGCAAGGGUUUAGCCAAAGCUCCAACCGUAACCAGCACGAGAGGACUCAUGGGAAGAUGGGCAACUCAGAACCCUGGGGCCAGAAUCAGACUAGGACUAAAAAUCAGAAGCCCAUCUCUAAAAGCCCACUGAGAACUGAAGAUGGUUUGGGACCUGUGCUAGGGUUUGGGGGAGUUUCUUGGAGUUCAAAGGUGGUGGUGAAACAUAAACAAAGCAACCUCAUUGAGAAGCCCUACAAGUGCCCUGAGUGUGGGAAAGGCUUUGCACGCAGCACAGAUUUUAUCCGGCACCAUAUCACCCACACAGGUGAGAAGCCCUACACGUGCAUGAAGUGUGGGAAGAGUUUUACACGCAGUUCUGUUCUCACUGAGCAUCAGAGAAUCCACACAGGAGAGAGGCCCUACAAAUGUAGGCUGUGCGGAAAGGGCUUCAGCCAAAACUCCAACCGUAACCAACAUGAGACAAUCCAUCAGACGAAGAAGUUGCCCAAAUGCUUCCUGAGCGGCAGGACAACUUUGAACUGGAGUGUGGAAGUGGUUUGAUAACAGAGAGGUCACCUGGGGAAAAGUUUGAUAUAAAUACAAGGGAUCAGGAUACUUAAGGGAAAAAUUGAGUCUCUUACAUUUUAGACAAACCAAUAUGGGAAUGGGAACAGGUGUAUUUUUUUAAUUAAAGGUUACUGUUGAUUUUAAAAUAAAAGUAUUCCUACCACAAAAAUACUAAACAAAAUGUAUGCUUGAAACAUAGUAUUAGCAUUGGGGGAAAUAAGAACAAUUGUUCUAGUUUCUCAUCAAACAUAUACUGAGUAA